UCUUGUAAAGUUCGAGUGCUUGGUACCAGAGACAACCUCUGUUGUCUCUGCUUGUUAGUUAGGUAACCCUUUGACAAAGAUGAGGUCUUUGAGUGCUCUUUGCUUUGAGUAGUUAGUCUUGUUCUUGUUUUGUUAGUAGUCACGGAAAGCUGUAGAUCGAAAUAAUACAUAUCUCGUGCGCGCCAAAAUUAACGAAAUAUUCAAAGAUUUGAUCAUAACGAAUCUUCACAAAAAUGUUUGAUUCGCCUAGGUUAACGAAGAGAAAUUUCAAAUGGAUUUAGACAUAGACAAACUAGAUUUAGAUGCUAAAUAUCAAUUAUUAUUAUCAAAGUGUGAAGAUGAGCUCAUUUGCUUUGUUUGCGAAGAAUGGUGUAAGUCACCAGUUAGAAUAAACAAAUGUGGACACUAUUUUUGCUCUGAUUGUAUUCCAAAACAAGAAAGAUGUUGCCCAAAAUGCCAAGAAGUGUUCCUUCAAGAUGACAUUGAUAAGGAUAACUGUUUUACAGAUCCAAAAUCUUUCAAGAGAAAUGCCAAAGGAGAGAGUAAGCUACAUCUUGCAUGCAAACGUAAACGUUUUGAGGAAGUUAAAGAACUCAUUGAAGAAAAAGUGGAUAUCAAUUCGAGAGAUUAUGCAUGUUGGACUCCUCUACAUGAAGCAGUUCAAGUUGGAUCACUAGAAAUUAUCGAGGAAUUAUUAACUAACGGAGCUCUAAUCAACUCACCAGGUGAAUUUUAUGUUACACCUUUGCAUAAAGCUGUAAUUAUGGAAAAUGCAAAGGUUAUUGAGCUGCUACUUCAAUAUGGUGCAGAGAAAGAAUCCAUAGACUUCCAUGGGAGAACUCCUGUUGAUUGUACAAAAAGAAAAGACUUAUUAGAUAUCAUAGCCAACAUGGAAACAAAAAAGCAGCUACGAAAACCUCAAGUAUUCUUAAAAAACAGAAUAAUCGCCUAUUGUCAUUCUAUAGAUGAAGAAUACAGAGAUAAAUUUCUUGCUUUGAAAAAUUGUAAAAUUAUCUCAGAUUUUGAUGUGAAGAAGUCAGAAAUCACUCAUUUAAUAGUGAAAAAAUCACAUAAAGUUUCAUUCAAAAUUCUUCUCUGUUUAAUUAGUGGUGUAAUCAUUGUCCAACAAGAUUGGGUGGAAGAUAUAUUAAAUGGCAGUACAAAGUUUCUGACACAUCCAGUUCUAGAAACUUUUCCAGAAUUGAGUGAUGGAAUUAGAAUGGGAAUAAUCAAUGAACUUCUUAACAAACCCAAACUUUUUGAUGGAAUUAACUUUUAUUUGGAAGGCCCUGAUUCAGUGGUUGACAUAUAUAACUUACACAUAACUAAGGACUUUUUGAGAGUACUAAUAUCUGCUGGUGGAGGUAUAAAUUUGAAACGUGCACCAGCGCCAAGAACAAUUCAAGAAAUUAAAUGCUUUCCAUAUCAUGCAACUCAAGCAAGUACGGUUUUUGGGUGUAAUUAUAUAAUAAUUUUCAAUGAUAAUCAUCCUCCAACGCUUCAGUAUAAAAUGAGAGAACUUCAGCAUAAAUCAUGCAAGUGGUUGAUAGAUUGUGUUAUAAAUUUUAAAUUGAGUUGAACAAUGUAUAUAUGAGACAUUUUUAGUUUUAUUAUAAAUAUAAAAGUUUAU